CCAGCAUGCCCUGGCAGCUGCUGGGAGGAUGGGCUCGGAGCUGCCUCCCCACCAGACCCUGCGCCCAGCCGCAGAGAGCUGCCUCACCCAGAGGCUGAAGAAAGAGAACCCCCUCCUCCACAGCAAGACGUAGGGGCCCCAGACAAUAUCCAGCACCCAGAUGCCCAAGGGAACUG